AUGGCCGCCUGGGAGGCCCGCGCUCCCGGGCGCGAUCGCCACAUCGUCCUCCACCACCUCGACGUGUCGCGUCCGUAUCCGUACCUGCGCCUGUGGGAGCGUCACGGCCUCGGCGCGCCGCCGUCGUCGCGUCCGCCGCCGACGAGCGAUCGUCGAACGAGUCGGCGCCGCGACGAACGGGACGCGCGGUCGGCGCGUCACGGCGGGUGGCACCGUCGUCGGGACCGCACGCCACCGGGACCGCCUCCCGCCGAGGACGACGGGUGGGACGCGCGUCGCGCGGAGGAAGCGCCGGAGCCGGACGGGGCGGAUCGCGAACGCGAGCGCGAGCGCGAUCGGGGUCGGGAUCGGCGCGACGACGAGGACGACGACGCGGUCGACGAGACGCCGCCGCGCGAUGAGACGGCGGCGGCGGCGGCGGCGACGACGACGACGACGCGAGACGCGAGACGCGAGCCGCUCGACCCGAGCGCGAGCGACGCGGCGACGGACGCGGAGACCGCGGCGACGCGGACGGCGCUCCCCGACGACCUUCGCGACGACCUUCGCGCGCCGCCGCCGUCGUCGCCCGCGAGGGGCGAGACCGCGACGGCGCCGGCGCGCGACCCGCCGCCGGACGCGAGCGCGAGAGGGAAACCUGAGACGAAGACGCCCAAGUCGGAGACGCGCGCGAUGCUCACCGUGGAGGAGAUGCGAGCGUUGGGCGCGUCCGCGCCGCUCACGCCGAACGCGACGAAGCCGCCGCCCGCGGCCGCGCCGUCGACGGACGACGACGUGGACGACCUGAGAGCGAUGCUCGCGCGCAAGAGAGCCGAGAUGGAGACGAAGGAGGCUGCUGUCCUCGAAGCGUCGCCAGCGGCGGUCGCCCCGGUCGAGCGCGAGGGCGAAGGCGACGGCGUCGUUCGAUAUCGAUACUCCGCGGCGGAGCUGCGCGCGUUGAACGUGAACUGCGACGCGCCGCCGCGGGGGUUUAAAGAAGACCCCGGGUGGGCGAGCUCGACGCGUCACCCGCCGCGGGCGAAGCGAGGCGAGAAGGAGAAGCGCGCGCAGAGGGAAGCGGACGACGCCGCGGAGGCGAGGGCGUCGAGAGCGACCGCCGCGGUCCUCGGCGUGGACGUUCGGGGAUGGUCGCUCUGGGCAAACGACGCCGACGCCGACGCCGACGCCGCGCGCUUCAGCGAGCGCGCGUUCGCGGCCGAAGCCGCCGCGGUCGCGAACGCGCGAGCCCUCCGCGCGGACGCCGAGCGCGCGGCCGCGAACGCGCGCGAGGCGUCGAUCCGCGAGGCGCGGUCGCGGAUCGAGCUGAUGACGUUCCCGCCCGGCGCCGUCGUCGCGUUCGCGGAGGCUGCGUGCGCCGCCGCCGACGCGCUCGCCCCCGGCGCGCGUCACGACGCCGUGUGCGGGUUGGUUUUCGGGACGUGGAAGCGCGGGAGCGCGCCGCGGUCGUGGCGCGCGAGCGUCGGGUUCGUGCAGCCGUGGGACGGGGAGCCGAGCGCGCUCGUGGCGUGGCUGCGAGCGGAGGCUUCCGGCGGCGACGGCGGCGGCGGCGGCGGCGGCGGCGGAGGGAUGAUUCGGCCGCUGGCGUGGUUGAGGACGACGGCGGCGUGCGGCGCCGCGUUGACGCGCGACGUUCAGGCCGCGUACGGCGACGGCGGCGGCGAUGACGACCUCGCCGACGCGCCCCCGCCCGCGUCGCGCGUGUUCGUGAGCGUGGACGUCGUCGCGACGGCGCUGCGAGGGAAGUCGGGGGGGGGCGCCGUCGUCGAGGUGUUCGAUUUGAGAACGAACGAAGCGUGCGCGUUCGAGCUCGGCGGCGCGGACGCGUGCGACGACGAUGGGUGACCGCGGACGAUCGCAUCGCGCGCGUCGUGUUAGUUAGAUUGCGUGAUGGUAAACCUUAGAAGGUCGACGCUA